AUAAAAAUAAAAAUUGGAACGAUGACCAGGUAAUUCGGACACAGUUCCGUUUUAUUUUCCUUGUUAAUAUUUCAUCCUGAAUUUCCUCUGCUACCAGUUCCUCUAGGAUUUGAUUCUCUUAAUUCUUAGUUUAUUGCGAUGGAUUCGAGUUCAACGCAAGAAUUCGAUUAUUUGUUUAAGUUGUUGAUGAUUGGGGACUCGGGUGUUGGCAAGAGUAGUCUCCUCCUCUGUUUCACCUCUGAUUCCUUUGAAGAUCUCUCUCCCACAAUUGGUGUUGAUUUUAAGGUCAAGUAUUUGAUGAUGGAUGGUAAAAAGCUGAAGCUUGCCAUUUGGGAUACAGCUGGUCAAGAGAGAUUCAGAACAUUGACGAGUUCGUACUACCGAGGUGCACAAGGGAUCAUUAUGGUUUAUGAUGUAACUCGGAGGGAAACGUUUACUGAUCUCUCUGAAGUAUGGUCUAAGGAAAUAGAACUUUAUUCAACAAAUCCGGAAUGCAUCAAGAUGCUCGUUGGAAACAAAGUGGAUAAGGAGAGUGAUAGAGUUGUAACAAAGAAAGAGGGAAUAGACUUUGCCAGGGAAUGUGGUUGCCUAUUUACUGAAUGCAGUGCUAAAACUCGAGUUAACGUACAACAAUGCUUUGAAGAGCUUGUUCUGAAGAUUCUGGAUACACCUAGCCUCUUAGCCGAGGGCUCUAAGGGGGGUAAAAAGAACAUUUUUAAGGACAAGCCAUCACAGUCUGCAUCCACAAGUAGUUGUUGCUGAUAUUAAGAAGAUAGCACUAGCUAUUUCACUCCAAACUUACUGCAUAUAUAGAUCACCAAGGGUGUUGAAUCCAAUUUCAGAAUCAGAGUUCUAACACUAGUUUAUUGACUACAAAAAUUAAGGUUCCUGAUUUGCCUUGAAUGUUAUAUGUAAUAUGAUAACGAUGGCUAUCUGAUUUUUUUUAUGAAUAUUGUUUAUCAUCAUUGAGUCACAUUGAAUCUCAUUUAUAGACAUGCAAGAA